CAUGCACUUCGUCUGCCAAUGGGGUUUUAACAGUGCAGAACCCGGAAAUGAAAGUUGAGUUGUGAUUUGGCAGGGAGCACCAUGGCAGAGUCGUACGUGAAACCAGGUAAUCAGGAAAAGGGCUGGAAUGACCCUCCACAGUUUUCCUAUGGCCUGCAGACACAAGCACAAGGGGUACAGAAGCGCAAUUUCUUAAAUAAACGAGUUCCCCCGCCUCAACUGGACGGGUCCCAGGUUUCUUUGCCGAGUGGAGCCCCACUGCCUGCCAAACCUUUGUCUCCUACUUUGCCACUGGCUCCACCUCCAUCCACAGUGGUGCUGCCUGCCCGCAGGCUAUCUGCAGUGGACUCCACAGCCCUGUCGGCCUCGACUCAUACAGAGUGUGAGGCCAGUAUAGAGGAUGUAAUGGGGUUACUGGACUGGGCACUGACAGCCUGCAGGACGACAGUCAAGAGGCAGGUUUGUGAUGAAGUUAGUAAACGGCUGACCCUGUUCCAAGAGAUGUGGAUCAGUGGAAAGCUAUCGUCUCCUGUAAAGAAGAGAAUGUACUACCUGGCACAAGAAUUGAAAAAACAGAACUGGGACUCUGCUGAUGAGACUCAUCGCUCCCUGAUAGUGGACUAUGUCAAUGAAGUCAGCCAAUGGAUGGUGGGGGUGAAAAGGCUAAUUGCAGAGACCAGGAACCUCCCUACUGAAGUCCUCAAUGCUGAAGGACCAAGCCCAAAAGAAGACACGACCCAAAACACCCAAUAAGACUAAUGAAAAAAAGUGAAAGACUAUACAUUUGCUGUGAUGACAGCAAAGAUAGACAGCAAGCUUGGGAUUUAUUUUUUGAACACAAAACUGCAGAAGUUGUUUCAUGACAUACAAACAGUUUGAAAGAGUAUACUUUGUUAUUCCAUGCAUAGUUAUCAUAAUACCAGGAACAUUAUUUUUUUCUUAAAAAAAAAAGAAAAAGCUUUGUAAAGCUAUCCAACACUUAUACUGUAAUAUUGUUAAACAGUUGAAAUUAUUAUACUUAUUGAAUGGAUAAUUUGGUUUGGAGAUGGUUAUGUUUGGUGGCUGUAUUAUUUUAAAUUGAUACCAAUGAUACUGACAUUUUUUCAUAUAAGUGGUGACAGGUAUGGGGCUCCAUUUCCAGCUGUUUUUAGGAAGGUGUAUACAAAAAAUCUAUAGGAAAGCUAACAGUUUUACCCCUACAUCACAGUGAUCAAAUGUGAUUAUGCAGUUACUGGAAUAACCGCCUGAUUUGAUUAUGUUUUGGUUUCUGAAUUCUUUUUGUACAUUUUUACUUGAUUUUAAGGGUUUGAAGAACAGAAACAAGUUAUAGUGGUGGCUGGUACAACCCAUUAAAGUUAAAAUUGCUGCUAAAUCUAGAACAUUGUCACUGACUCUAUUCAGAAUACAGCUUACUUGAACCUUCAGUACCUGUAUUAUCCAAGGUGCAAAGUGGUUUGCUUUUUUGUGCGUUAGUGGUUUCAUUUAUGCAAAAGAAGACUAUGCGUACAUAUUGGUUUUCCAAAUUGAAAGACCAAGGCUUUUACAUUCUGUUAUUAAAUGUUUAACAGCAGUAUGGAUAUGUGCAAACUGUUCAAUUGUCUAGAUGUUCUCUGAUGAUAUAAUUGGGUGUGAUGAAACGAUUGGCAGUGUUAAUAAUUAGUGGCUUCACCUAUAGGGGUAGGCACCCUUGUCUCUUCCUUUUCACUCCAUUCCAUUCCAUUGCAGAACGAUUUUUUUCCAACCAUGUUGAAGAACAGUGACGGAAUUAAGGAUCUGAUUAGGUCAACUAAUUUAGCUGUUUUCCCCUGAUUCUGGUCCAGUAGUGUAGUGCCUUCACAAGCCAUAUAGUUAGGGCUUGAAGUUUUCUGGGUUUUUUUUUUAACACAUGAUGUCCCUUUAAACAUAUUUUGAGUCGAUUCUCUUUCCUAAUUAUUCUCAGAAAAAGCUUUUCAUCACAAAACAGUAUAAUUUGCUUUUACCUUCAUAUCUUGACUGAGCCUGAUUCUGUUUCGCUUAAUUUUUAUUUCAAACAGAUGUGACAAAUUACAUUAAUUGCUCAUUGCUGAUCCUAAUUGCAUUUCAUUCUUGCAGAUACCUAGUUUGUUAUUGUGCUUUUGUCAUUUUCACUAAUUUAACAGAGUUGUCCUGACAGAAAUACCCAGUGCGGAGUGUACACUGAUAGCAAGUACAUUAUUUAAAAUCUCCUUGAUUUGUAGCAAAGAAAGAAAAAAUAAUAAUAAACCCAGUCUUUAAUUAGUAGUUUUCUUUAUUAGGAAGCAGAAACAGCUUAACAACUACUAAUUAACAUUUAAAUUGAGGUAGAGAUUUGGAAAAUAAAACCCGAAAAGUUCAAACCCUACAUAUACUACAUGUGCUUCCUCCUGGAACAACUUUACAAUUGGCAAACUCAGGGCUAAUAGUUUUGCACUACUAAAUCAGUUUGGGAGCUUGGGGUAGCAUUCAUAUGUAUAAUUCUUUAAAGCAUUAAGUUAUGAAUAAUUAAAUAAAGCAUUGUUUUCCAAGCAUGA